UGUGUGUUUUGUGUAGUUUGUGUUGCGUGUGUGACUUCAUGUCAACUCACGUGCAAACUUGUGCAUCAGGACCCGCUCUCCGCUCUCGUUCAGGCGUGUCCAGGCUCACACGCCGCUUGUUUCCCUUUCUGACCGCAGCAGCCAUCUUGAGUCUGGGAAUUGCACUGGGAGCCAGCUACUCGAGGUUGACGAGUCGUUUGUGGUCUGUGGAGCAAAGUGUUUCCAACAUGAGCCAAUCACUGAGCAGUGUCGAGAAACUCACCGCAGACGCCGCCAAAGAUGUGGAGCGACUCAAGUUCGGGGUGGCAAGCGCCAAAGACGAGCUGCGCUCAACUUCCGAGGCCUUGAAGCAGCUAGCCACUUUGGACACCAUCAGCAGGGUGGUGGCUUCCCUCCAAUGUUCCGUUGAACACAUCAUCAAGAAUGGGUCGACAUCGGUAGGCUCCAACUGCUGUCCUCUGGACUGGCAGAGCUUUGGCUCCAACUGUUACUUCUACGGUCGGUCGCUGCUGUCCUGGCACGACGCCCGCGACUGGUGCAACGGGCACGAGUCGCACUUGGCCAUCAUCCUGACGGACAAGGAGUGGGACUUUGUGCAGCGGGAGUCGCUGGGAGCCUUCUUCUGGGUGGGCCUGACCGACGAGAGGACGGGAUCGUGGGAGUGGGUCAACCAGGACGCCUUACGUCAUGAACCGCAGGCACUGGCGGCCCGGGCAGCCCGACAGCUGGACCCACCACGGCCUGGGACCCGGAGACGAGGACUGCGCUCACGUGCACACGGACGGACGCCUCAACGACCUGCACUGCUCCACCAGGCUGCGCUUCCUCUGCCAGAGGCACGCCUGACCACGCCGGGAAAAAACAAGACAAAGAAACGCUUGCGACGACACUUUUUAAUGAAAACCAAAUAAAGUGCAACAAUAAUAU